AGUUUCGACCGGCCGUCGGGGCGACGAUAAGGGUUUCGAAACGGGCCCGCGGUCGAUGAUGUUGCGAAACAUUAAAGUGCUUACCGGAUUAAGUAGGAUCACGAGAUCAAGGAGAGGAAGAGCAAAAACGUGCAAGGAAUUUAAUGAGAGGGUACAUGCGUGAAGACGAAGGUGAAGGUCAAGUCAAGGUGAAGGUCGUGUUUUGAUUUGAACCGCGAGUCUCGUUCACCCUUUCUUUCGCUGCAGAGGUGGAAGGGCAAAACGUGUGCAGAGGAGGGAUUUUUUAAGGUGCGGAGAGGAAGGAAGCGACGACCCUUUGCUGCGCAGAGCGUGCAGAGUUCAAGAAGAAGAAGAAGAAGAUCGUUGACGCAGAGAGAGGGAGACCCAUCUUGUUCUUGUUCUUGUUCUUGCUCCUCGUCGUCGUCGGCGGCGGCGGGGGCGUUGUCUGGCGAUGGUGUUCGUUUUUGGGUCUUCUUGGCCCGCGAAAGGGUGCGCGAGACCCUCUGCUUUGAUUCCAAGAAUGUCCGCUGUCGCAGCACUCCUGGUGCUCGCGCUCUCCUGCUGCGGCUUCUUGAACGUCGCCCGCUCCGAUCUCGCCUCCGACCGGGCCGCCCUCGUCGCCCUCCGCGCCGGCGUGGGCGGCCGCCUCCUCCUCUGGAACCUCACCGGGCCGCCCUGCUCCUGGGACGGCGUCAUCUGCGACAGGGCCCAGAAGGAAGUCGUGGAGCUCCGGUUCCCCGGGAGGGGACUCUCCGGCGGCCUCCCCGCCGGCACCAUCGCCAACCUCACCCAGCUCCAGACCAUCUCCUUCCGCUUCAACUCCCUGUCCGGCCCCAUCCCCGCCGACCUCGCGUCCCUCCCCCAGCUCCGGAACCUCUACCUCCAGGGCAACUCCUUCUCCGGCGAGCUCCCUCCCUUCCUGUUCGCCCUCCAGAACCUCGUCCGCCUCAACCUCGCCUCCAACAACUUGUCCGGCGAGAUCCCCCCGGCGUUCGGCAACCUCACCCGGCUCAAGACCCUCUUCCUGGACGACAACCGGUUCUCCGGGUCGAUCCCGGACCUGAGCCUGACCCUCGACGAGUUCAACGUCUCGUCCAACCAGCUGACCGGGCCGAUCCCGUCGAAGCUCUCGGCCAUGCCCCAGUCCGCCUUCGCGGGGAACUUGCUCUGUGGACCGCCGCUCAAGUCCUGCAACGCCACCACCGGGAGCGGAAACAAGCUAUCCGGCGGAGCGAUCGCCGGGAUUGUGAUCGGCUCCGUUAUCGGGCUCUUCUUGAUUCUCCUCGUUCUGAUCAUCCUGUGCCGUCGCAAGAGCCAUGGCGGCAGCGAGAAGCCCAAAUUGGUGGAGGCGAAGUCGGCCGAGGCCGAAAUCCCGCCGACCCGUGAAGCCAGGAGCCUCGGCGAGUCCAAGGCAAGCGGCGCCGCUGUCAUCAGUGGCGGCAAGAGCGGCAACAAGAGCUUGGUGUUCUUCGGCAAGGGGACGUCGGCAGCGGCGUUCGACAUGGACGACCUGCUGAAGGCGUCGGCGGAGGUACUGGGGAGAGGGACGUUCGGGACGACGUACAAGGCGACCCUGGAGACGAGGAUGACGGUGGCAGUGAAGAGGCUGAAGGACUCGAGCGUGGGGGAGGCGGAGUUCAGGGAGAGGAUGAGGGAGAUCGGGGCGGUGGAGCACGAGAACCUCGUGGGGCUGAGGGCCUAUUACUUCGACAAGGACGAGAAGCUUCUCGUUUAUGAUUACUUGCCCACCGGAAGCUUGUCCGCACUUUUACAUGGAAACUCAUUAGUUGGCCGAACUCCGCUUCAUUGGGACACCCGGUGCAGCAUUGCCCUCGGUGCGGCCUGCGGAAUCGCCUACCUCCACUCCCAGGCCGUGACAUCCCAUGGCAACAUCAAGUCAUCCAACGUCCUCCUCACCAAGUCCUAUGAGGCCCGGGUGUCCGACUUUGGCCUUUACCACAUCGCGACCCUCACCGCACCUCCCAACCGUGUUGACGGCUAUCGCGCGCCGGAGGUGACGGACUCCCACAAGGUGUCUCAGAAGGCCGAUGUGUACAGCUUCGGGGUGUUGCUACUGGAGCUGCUGACGGGCAAGGCGCCCACGCAUUCGCUGCUGAACGAGGAUGGGGUGGACCUCCCGAGGUGGGUCCAGUCGGUGGUCAAGGAGGAGUGGACUGCUGAGGUGUUCGACGUCGAGCUCCUCAGGUACCAGGAUGUCGAGGAGGACAUGGUCCGGCUCUUGCAGCUCGCGAUGCAUUGCACUGAUCAGUACCCGGAUAAACGCCCUCCGAUGGCUCAGGUCGUGAACAAUAUUGAGGAAAUUUGCCGUUCAAGCAUGCCGCAAGAGCAAGAAGAGCACAGUGGUUUGGGUGACGGGCCAUACUCACAUCAGACCUCGGUCGAGUCGGGCGCGCCGCCUUCUUCCUAAUUGAUGAAUGAUCAUCGGUUACCUUUGCAAUUGCGAUCGGAACAUUUGGGCUGUGGAAUAUGAACGAUUGGUUGCUUCAUUAUUUUUUAGGUUGGGUUUAUAGUUUGGAUGACUGGUAUAUUUUACCCUUCUUGGCGUCGAAGUGCAACAAACCCUUCUUUUUUUGACCUUUCAAUAUUUUGCUGACCUUCAAUUCUUUUCUAUUUACAAGCAGAAGGUCUUGUCUAUGUAAAUUUUCAAUGGAACAGUUUUCUGUCUUGAAGACAGUACAAUC